GCCGCAUUUCUUCUCAACCAAUCCACACAUCGACUAGGGCCCAACUAUUGCUUGCCGCAACUAAUCUUAUCAUCACCCGUCGCCGACUCCCACAGCCGCUGCAGCCGCCGACGGGCUCCCCGCUACCCUCGACGCCGCGCGCCGAAUCCACUUCGCCUUCCGGGUGACAUCGCCGCCUCGUCCAGAUCCGACAGUCGUUUAGCAAGCAAUCGAGAAUGUCGUCGGUGCAGCUCUCUGGUGCUGGAGUCACCGCGGUGGCCUUCACCAACAAUGGUCCGCGCCUCUCUCCGACGUCAGCACUCAGAGUGUCCCCAUCGAGGCGCUCCUUCCGUAGCCUUGUCGUCAAGGCUGCCACUGUCGUCACCCCAAAGUAUACCUCACUCAAACCUCUGGGAGACAGAGUGCUUGUGAAGCUUAGCGCAGCUGAGGAGAAGACCAUUGGUGGGAUUUUGCUUCCAUCAUCUGCACAGACUAAGCCGCAGGGAGGUGAGAUUGUUGCUGUUGGAGCUGGGAGAACCAUUGGGGAUAAGAAAGUGGAGGUCAGCAUACCGACUGGAUCACAAGUUGUAUAUUCAAAGUACGCUGGUACUGAGGUUGAAUUCGACGGCUCCAAACAUCUAAUUAUGAAGGAGGAUGACAUCAUAGGUAUUCUUGAGACUGAUGACGUCAAAGACAUGAAGCCGCUUAAUGACCGUGUUCUCAUCAAGGUUGCUGAGGCUUCUGAUAAGACUGCUGGUGGCCUUAUCCUCACUGAGACGACCAAGGAGAAGCCAUCCAUUGGAACGGUUGUAGCUGUUGGUCCAGGUCCUCUGGAUGAGGAAGGCAAGAGGCAGCCAUUAUCAGUGUCAGCUGGCAGCACUGUGAUGUACUCCAAGUAUGCUGGUGGUGAGUUCAAGGGCGCAGACGGCACGAAUUACAUUGUGUUGAAAGCAUCGGAUGUGAUGGCUGAGCUUUCUUAAGCUCCACGGUUUAUUUUAACUUUGAGUUCACAAAUAGAUGCUAGCAGGUGGCAAGGUCGGUCUGUGGUUACCGCCACUCUGCUUUGAUGCUAUUUCGGAUUAUCAUAGAAUUGUAUGAGCAAACCACUUGUCCUGGGUUAUAAACAUUCACUGAAUUUGUUUACAGAGAACGUUUUGGACCCAAAUGCUUUCUCCUGCCUUUCACUUCCUCAUAUUUUGGGUAGUGCUUAUCUGAUUGUUGUGGCAAUAUGAUGAUGAUUUGCAA